UCUUCCAUUCGACGUUUCAACGUUGUGUAUUACAUACUCUAUUUCGAUCUUCGCCUUUCAGAAACCCGACGAGGUGACUGGAAGAUGAUCAUCGGAGUCUAUUCUCCCUUUUGAAGAACCCAUACUCUCUACACAUCUACCCAGGCGGUGACAAAUCGUAAUUCCACCUACGCACCCAAGCCAUCGCCAUGAGCCAUCCAUCAGUAUUGGUCUGCAGUCACGCAUAUCUAUAGUCACUACAGUUCUGCGCCAGUCCUAGGUGUGCAGCCCACUAGCACAUCCUUCCUCGCGGAACAUGUCCCAUGGAGGCCAGAACUCGAGGAAGGCGCAUCCUACCUUCCACUUCCUGGCUGGGUUGACCUCCGGCGUCUCCAGCGCAGUCCUCCUCCAACCAGCCGAUCUACUCAAGACUCGAGUCCAACAAAGCCGGUCGUCCUCUCUCCUCCCCGUCCUCCGCUCAAUCCUCUCCGGUCCUCGGCCCAUCGCCAGCCUGUGGCGAGGAACCGUUCCCUCCGCUCUGCGCACCGGAUUCGGCUCCGCAUUGUAUUUCACCUCUCUCAGCUCACUGCGCCAAAUCCUCGCCAAUCAAUCCGUUCAAUCGACUCUCCAACACAGCGCCCUCAUCACCCAUGGCUCCUCCGUCCUUCCGAAGUUAUCUAAUAUCCAAAACCUGCUCACCGGAGCCAGUGCGCGUGUUUUUGCUGGAUUCGUUCUCAUGCCUGUCACGGUAAUCAAGGUUCGAUAUGAGUCUGAUUUCUACACUUAUAAAUCUAUAUCCUCCGCGGCGCGCUCCAUCCAUGCGACCGAAGGCCUCAAGGGAUUCUUCUCCGGAUUCGGGGCCACGGCCGUACGAGACGCACCGUAUGCGGGUCUCUAUGUGGUGUUUUACGAAGCCAGUAAAGCGAGGUUGAACAAACUAUUCGCUGUUGCGUCUUCCUCCACCGCCGCCGGCGGCGUCGAGGAUAAGCGAAGGUCUAGUGGGUCCAGCGCUACCAUCAAUGCAUCCAGCGGUGUGUUGGCAGCCGGACUGGCAACCGGCGUCACCAAUCCCUUCGACGCAGUCAAGACAAGACUGCAACUCAUGCCCCGGAAAUAUGGCAAUAUGAUCAAAGCCACGCGAUUGAUGAUUAAAGAAGAUGGAUUCAAGAGUUUCUUCGACGGUUUAGGCUUGAGAAUGGGCAGAAAGGCACUCAGUUCGGCUCUGGCUUGGACCGUGUAUGAGGAGCUCAUUGGUCGUGCCGAGAUGUUUGUCGCAAGACAUGACAAUGAUCGAGUCGUUGUCUGAACAAGACGAAGACUAAUGGUGAAGUGUACAUACUACGUGUACGGACAUCUAUCAUCUCCACUCACAACCUCACCAAAAAGGAAGUAGGAACGAGGGUUGUACAUAUUUUGUAAAAACAAAAAAUCUCGUCUAAUACCCAUAUUGAGGCGACCUAGCUCAUGAAAAUGUACGUUGAAAUAAUCACUUCAUAGCACGAACAAAAGCAGCGCAAUGAGAAAAUGAAUCUUG